GACAUUUAAACUUUAAAGGGCCAAACUGGACAGCUGGGUGUGUUCAUGCUGCGUGGGAGUGUGUGUGUGCUGUGUAUGCAUUUUGUCGCUCAUCCAUUCACUACUAGACUCACUCGUGACACACAAUGAGGACUAAGGCACCCGAGGACAUCUGCUUUCCUGGUUGACAUCAUAUUUUUAUGAACUAAGACACCACUGAGCGAACACAGCUUUUACUUUAUCUUCUUUGUAAGAUCAUUUCAAAGACUGACGAACGUCUGAAGCCCAGAGUGUCCUUGUUAUCUGCAAGCCUUCACAGUUUGUGUUUGAGUUGUGUCUGCUGUCCCUCCGUCAUGGGUGCAUUCAUCGCUAAGAUGCUGCUUCCGACAGUCAGCAGCCUGGUGUUCCUGCCUACAGCCAGCGUGGCCGCCAAGAGGGGCUUCCACAUGGAGGCCAUGGUCUACUUCUUCACCAUGUUCUUCACUGCGAUCUAUCAUGCAUGUGAUGGACCGGGUCUCUCUAUCCUGUGUUUCAUGAGGUAUGACGUUCUGGAGUACUUCAGUGUUUACGGCACGGCUCUCUCCAUGUGGGUCACACUGAUAGCUCUGGGCGACUUUGAUGAACCACAGCGCUCCAGUAUAACCAUGUUUGGGGUGUUGACCAUCGCAGUGAGGAUCUACCAGGAUCGCUGGGGCUAUGGGAUCUACUCUGGACCCAUCGGGUCGGCUGUCUUCAUCAUCACCGUCAAAUGGCUGCAGAAGAUGAAGCAGCUGAGGGCCGUGUAUCCAGAGAAGAAGGUGUACACGCAGCAGGUCGGUCCAGGCUGCUGCUUCGGCGCUCUCGCUCUGAUGCUGCGUUUCUACUUUGAGGAGUGGGACUACGCCUAUGUCCACAGCUUCUACCAUCUGUCUCUGGCUGUGUCCUUCAUCUUGCUGCUGCCAAAGAAGAACCGAUACGCAGGGACGGGACAAAAUGCUGCAAAGCUCAGCUGGUUCACUCUCUGCUGCUGUAGCAUGUCCCCUGGUACUUCUAAAGAGAAGACAGACAAGCCGAAGAAGAAGCUGUCUCGGACCGUGUGGACAGUCCCUACCGAGAAGCCAUGGACACGACGCUGCAGCACCCCCAUCCUGCCUCUUUUUAAUCCCCCACCCUCCACACCUGUCAAAGGGACCAGCAUCAGCAAGCUCAAAGAGAUGAACGGCUGGAAGUGAACCUAAAAACAUAACUGUCAGUCGGUCUAACGUAGGAGGACUUCAUCCUGAAGAACAGGCAGUGACAGUGGCCGGCUACGAGCGGGAAACGGGAAAAUCACCAAAUAACUGUCAGCCAAAUGCUGAUAAACUUGUAUGUGGCUGGUAAGUUAAUCUUCUUCAGCAGGAAACCAAUCAUCAUGUGGACGUUCUCCUCUUCUCCAAAACAUCAUAUUUGGCUGGUAGAAUAUUUAAGGUCAGCAGCGACUUCAGGAAUUCUCCAGCCACUGACACUAGUAGGUUAAGAAGCAAAAGGAUCCUGAUGUGGUUAUGAAAAUUUCAGGGCAAGAACAAAAGGCGAGUCAGGCCUCAGGUGCCCUCAAAGACCCGAUAAGAGCACAGCUGUCUGAAGCACUUGUCCAAAGCUCAGGACGCUACGAAAGAACACACACAGCACGGACAGGGAGACGGUGGCUGAGACAAGCCAGUAAAACUGACUGGAAAAUUUAUGAGAAGAACAAACAGGCAGAUGGUUUAUCUCUCCAAAAUAUAUAAAUUGUCUUUAGAAAUGUUCCUCAGGGGAGACGCUUCGUCUGCUCGCCUCUGUCUGUCCGUCCCCCUCCUCUUUCUCCUUCCCGUCUCUCUCAGGGAAAGGAAGCACGCGGCUGAAUUUGUUUAUGAGAAUUACAAGACUGUAAAGCACAUUUGACCGUUUUUAUACGUCCUCGAGGUGCCAAAUGUGUCAUGUGGAGCAUCAGACGUUGGAGAGAGGGGAAGCGGCGUCCCAGACGUCAGUCUGUAACCCGACUGAAGCAUCUUGAUGUGUUUCUGGAUCAGCAGGUGGACUCGUCUGUCUGUUAACUCUGGUUCACUGACCGAGCAGCUUUGGCUUCGACUUCUGUCCCAAAUGUGCACUGUUCAGACUGCUGAAAACUUUUAUCAUUAUCAUUAUCAUUUUGUUAUUUAUUGCAGAUUGUAUAUUCAGUUUAGUGUGUUUGUUUUUGAUAACUUUGUUAUAUUUUGAAAAUAAAAUGAAAUGUUGUGACCCUGUUUUAACUGGU